AUGAUCUUGGAGCGAGACGCACCAGCGCAGCAGCAGAACAGCCCAGCGACAGUUCCACUGGUCCCGACAGUCAUCGCAGACCUCGUCGACCAGUCGCUGCUUCCCAUGAUGACCCCGGAGCAACAGCAGAGCCUUCUGGUUGAAGGAAUGGCCCAGAUCGGUCGAGUGGCUCUUCAACUAGGAGAGUUUACUCCUGAAGACCCAGAGCUGUUCUUCAGCAUUGCCGACCGCAGCUUCCACGCAGCCGGCAUCACCUCCGAGGCGACAAAGUUUGGACACAUAUGUGGCAAGCUAUUCAAGUCGAAGCACGCCUUCGAGGUGAGGGACAUCAUUCUCAAUUUACCACUGGAGAACUCUUACACACACCUGAAGAUGGAGCUCAUUAAAUGCCUCAGCUCCUCUCAGGAAGAGAAGACGAGGAGACUGUUGGAGGGCGCAGAAAUGAGAAACAUGAAACCGUCUCAUUUUCUGCAUCACCUACGCAACCUGGCAGGAGCCAGCUUUCCUGACGACACAUUGCGAACACUAUGGAUAACACGCCUCCCGGCCGACGUCCAGGCGUUGUUGGCCACACAACGCAACUCUGCUCUUGAGGAUGCCGCAGAACUGGCCGACAAGACAAUCCAGAUUCUGAAGUCGAGGAUCCCACCAGUCGCACCUCAGAUCGCAGAGACAUCCGCCCACGGCAUUGAGGCACUCCUCAGCCUCAAACUCUCUCAGUUGGCUCUCACCCUUGACGAGAAGCUCAACUCGAUGCGAGACGAGAUCGAGAGCCUCAAGCGGACAAGGAGAGCAGACCGAGGACAUCCAGGUGGUGGCGGCUUUAGACGUUCCAGAUCUAGAUCACGUUCCAAGCACCGGCAGCCAGGGAUUGAUGGUCCAUGUUGGUACCAUUGGCGAUUUGGACACCAAGCCAGGACAUGCAUGCAGCCGUGUAACUUCGCCACUCCGGGAAAUGGGACAAGCAGUCAUUAA